CAACAGGAUAAGAAAGACGAUGUGCUUGUCGGUGUGAAAUCAACGGCAUUGAGAUUCGGAGACCAAACUCGGGCUUAUUUGGCGGGUUUCAGCGGAUUGACGGUGGCCGGUCUAUUUUUAGCAGGACAUAAUGCGGGGAUGGGUAUGCCCUACGACAUUGCUGUGACCGCCUCAGCCGCACACCUCACGUGGCAGGUGGCUACGGCCAAUUUCGACAAUCCAAAAGACUGCAUGGACAAAUUCGUGUCCAAUAAUUGGAUUGGGUGCAUGGUGUUUGGCGGGAUUUUGGCCAACCAGCUUCUCGUGUAGUGUCGCGACGCGCAUGGGGAGUAAUAAAUGGAACUGCUGCACUGAUCCUGUUUGUCCAUGUUGCGGUGAUAGGUUCGAAUAUAUAUAUACUCGCUGAUACAAAGUUUUGCGAAGCGGAUGCAGUUACAUAGUGCUAAGAGGUGGAGUGUACAGUGUCUUGUGGUACUUGGCAUCUUCCCUGACUUUCAUUAUGGCGGCCUUCGUCGCACACGUGGAGCUACUACGCCUCAUGCCUUACGAGUUUACGAACAUUCUCGGCAUGUCCAAAUAUGAGGACAUAACACCUCUACUACACGGUAGACGGGUCUAUGGCUCGAAAGGGCAGGCAACUUUCAAUUGAUGGGCCACACGGGUGUACAUCAACCAAUUCUCAGUACAUUAAGUGUGCACUACGCUAUGUUCUCAGUUGAUAACAGUCCUUGAACAUGCCACUAAACUGAUGGGUGCCAAUUCAACUGGUCUCUGUAGCUAUAUAUAGGUAUAGCUAUACAAUUUCGAACGACUACUCAGCUGAACACGUACUUAGAAUUGUGAGCAUGUAUGUAC